ACCAAAAAGAUGAUCUCACGCUGCACGUAUUAUUCUAAUUCCAUUUCAUUCUCAUCGUCCUUCCUUUCUUUUUCUUCUUCUUCAACCUCUCUAUUUCCUCCUCUUCCUUCUUUCCCUCUCUCCAUCACUUCCAGGUGAAUACCUCACUCAUUAUGAUUAACUAAUCACGCGGUCAAGUAUUGGCCCCCCUCACCUCAAGUUUCACUUAUUUACUAGUUUAUUUUGAUUUUAUUGCUCACAGCAAAAAAAAAAAAAAGAAGGUUCAAAAUGUCGUCAGAUUCUCUGCCUCCUCUCCCUGAAAACCGAAUCGUCGUAGGAUGCGGUGGCGUGGGAUUGGAUUACUUGGCUGCAGUGGCUUCCUAUCCUAAUCCUGACGAUAAAAUCCGAAGUACAAGCUUGAAGUUUCAAGGUGGGGGAAAUGCAGGCAACGCUUUAACUUGCACGGCUCGUUUGGGCUUAAAUCCCAGGAUAAUUUCCAAGAUAGCCGAUGACCCGCAAGGCAAGAGUAUUUUGGAGGAGUUUGGAGCUGAUGGGGUCGAUACUUCUUUUCUAGUGGUUUCUAAGGAGGGUAAUUCACCAUUUACCUAUGUAAUUGUGGACAACCAAACGAAAACUCGAACUUGUAUACACACUCCUGGAUAUCCUCCCUUGAUACCAGAAGAUUUUCCACAAUCAACCAUGUCAGCUGCAUUGGAUAGAGCAAGGAUUGCUUAUUUUGAUGCAAGGUUGCCUGAAACUGCUAUACUUAUUGCACAAGAGGCUGCUUGCAGGAACAUACCUAUUUUACUUGAUGCAGAACGGAAAAGAGAAAGGUUGGAUGAUUUUCUGAAAUUGACCAAUUAUGCUGUAUGCUCAGCAAAAUUUCCUCAGGUGUGGACUGAGGCACCAUCUGUUCCAAGUGCACUUGUUUCCAUGCUUUUGAGAUUGCCAAAUUUAAAAUUUGUCAUCGUAACGUUGGGUGAAAAUGGAUGCAUAAUGCUUGAGAGAAGCAAAAAUGUUUCUGUAGAGGGUGCCGAGUUGGAAGAAGUUGAUGUGGAGAGCUUAUUGGAAUCUCUGAACCAGAGAAAGGAUGAGAGUGUAGCCUACCCAACAUGUGUAUCAUCGUUGGAGAUGAAAUUGAGAGCAGAUGGGAUAGGAACUGUAAGCGGGAGGUUAUUUGUUGGAACAGCUGAGAAGAUUCCACCGUCAGAGCUUAUUGAUACUACUGGCGCUGGGGAUGCAUUUAUUGGGGCAGUUCUUUACGCCAUCUGUGCCAGCAUGCCUUCAGAAAAAAUGUUGCCAUUUGCUGCUCAAGUGGCGGCUCUUGGCUGUAGGGCUCUGGGAGCUCGAACUGGUCUUCCACAUAGGUCAGACCCACGGUUGGCGUCUUAUUUUUAGUAGGAUGAGUGGUUAUUUUAUCAAGCGUAGCUUUUGAUCACUGCAUUGACUAGCCACUCAUAACUCCUUUGGCUGUUGGCUGUGUGAGCACAGCAUGCAAGGAAAUCUACCACAGCUGCCUAAGAAAAAGGUUUUAAUUUAUUUAGCGCUCGUAGUAUCAUUGAAUCUUAUUUGAUAGUUUAUAAUUGCUAAAGUAUUAUAAUAAGUAAAUUAUGGUUGUAAUAGAAAUUCUCAACCUUUGAUUCAUUAUGGUUUUAUGAACAUAAAAGCUAGUUAUUUUUUUAA